AUGCAGUUUGAUUCAGGCAAUCGUAUGACCGGCUACACUUUGGGUGCCGACAUCCGGCCAAACAUUACUAAAGGCGAGGGCCUCUCUGAGGGACGACUCCACUCAGACGGCUUCUUGGAUCUCUCCACGUCCGACCAAAGGACAAGACCUAUCUCCACAUCGUCCUCCACGUUCCCCGCACUCUCCUCAAUGUCUGCGACGCUGCCGCUCAAGAAUGCUCGACUCGUCUCGCUCGCCCUCGCUUGGUGCUUUGGCGUCAUCGGCGGGUCUGUAGGCAUCAACUCGAUUGUAAAACGAAACCAGCAAGUAGCAGAUUUGAAGCGACUGGUGGCUCCUAUCCGUCUCUGGGUCGAUACAUUUGACCUCAUCAACUCUGGGAUCGUGCUAGCCGUGCGUCGGCUGCGGGUUCUAUCCGUCGUGUGCAGCAUCUGGAUUGGUCUCAUUCUCCUUGAUUCACGCAAGCGAACGACUGAGGGGACCCAUAUCAGUCGCGCACCCCUCUCGACGCGAUUGCUCAAGUUUGAGUGGAUCUCACUCGCCUUUAUGGACAUUUGGAUCCUUGCGUGCGCUAUUCCAGUCACGUACAUUGGUCGCACUGGUAAUGCACACGUACGUGCGUUCCUCGCCAACAAUGAGCUUGCACCGUCCGUCGUUGCGGCCACCCAGUCGCGUCUAGGCGUGAAAUCAGAUUACUGGCAUAAUUACUCUGUCAAACUCCAAGUCAUCCCACCCUGGUUCACGCUCCUCUUUGGCGUCAUCGCUGCGGCCAUCUCGUUUACUGCUGCCCGCAAGGCCCAUACGAUCUCUGACAGGUACAACACCGGAGAGUCGCCCAUCACCGGAGACUCUCCCACCACCGCUGAUGAAAAGGCCGUCGAGCACCAUGAUCACGCCGAGUCCGGACGUCCAGCAGACAGCCCCAUCGACGCGGUCACUGAGAAAAGGGAAACGGUCUGA